UUCCUCUUUUCCCCGUGUUCCUAUCGCGCAGCGGCUCUUGUCUUCAUAUCAGAAUAGCAACGCGUGGGUAUCUUGGUUCUCAAGAUCUGCCCGACUACUGCGGCCAUAAUUCUUCGGAUGGCCCUUGCAAAGUGCGCAGCUGCAACAAUGUCGCCGAGCAAGUGCGACGACUCGGUGCGGGAAGUAGAAAGCAAAAUGUGUGCUUGCAUGUCUGGACUUCUACAUCUCCCAAUUCUCGUGUCUCGGAGCUUGCAAGCUCGCUGAAUUGUUCAUUGACUUGAGAGCGGUGACUUCUAACCAAUGCCUCCAGACGUCAGUGUGUAUAACUUACUAGCACUUCGCACUCCAUGUUGAGUGUCCACCGCUCUUACUCAAACAUCGACACUUGUUUUGGAAAAGAUGUCUCCUUACAUGCUAAGUGCUAACGCGCUAGCUGGCCCCGACUUUGCUAAGAUACGAAACUGGAACAAAAGUUUGCCUACCCCUUUGAACACAUGCGUACAUCAACUCAUCGCCGACUGCGCUAAGCUAUACCCGGUGGCUGAGGCAGUAGUCUCAGACGAAAUUUCAUUCACUUACCAGACUCUUGACGCUCUUUCGAAUGUUGUCGCCCAUCGACUUGUCGCAGCUGGAGUGCGACCUGGUACCUUCGUGCCCUUGUCCUUCGAACAUUCCGCAUGGGCAAUUGUAGCAAUGCUUGGAGUGUGGAAAGCGGGUGCGGCAUUCGCUCCCCUUCCCGCUGGUCCUCUUGCACGCGUCGAAGAUAUGCUGAAUCAGCUUGAUGCUGUCGUUGUUGGUGGAUCGCCAUCUCGGUUGACUCAGCUCAAGACGUUGCCGCACAACAGUCUCGAGAUUGGGCCAAGCUCCCUCGCUCAUGCCACUGAUACCGAGUUGGCACAGAUUGAUCUGAACUCCGAUUCGCAAAGUCUCGCGUACGCCAUCUUCACCUCAGGAAGCACAGGAAUACCAAAGGCUGCGCAAGUCACACACUGUAAUCUCAGUACUUACGUUUUCCACUGGAGCCGGGCGAUCGGUAUCGAUAACAAGAGCAGAGUUUUUCAGUAUAGCUCCUACCUCUUCGAUGUCUCGAUGUCAGAUAUAUGGACGCCGCUUUGCGUCGGCGGAGCUGUCUGUGUGCCGUCCGAGGACGACCGCUUCAACAACAUUCAUGGCUCGUUGAAAUCACUAAGAGCUACUCAUGCUAUGUUUGUGCCCUCUUUACUCUCUACAAUCCAGCCAAAUGAGCUCAGUCUGAAGGCACUUCACACUUUGUCAAUCAUUGGAGAAAAGUCUCCGGCGUACUUGGUUGAUCGCUGGACUUCGGUACCAGGUCUGAGAUUCAUCAAUGCCUACGGUCCGGCAGAGUGCUGCCCGGUAUCGAGUCUUCUUGAUAUGUCUAUCAACAAUCCAUCGGCUGGAAACAUUGGCAGAUCCAUGGGGUCCUGUUUGUGGAUUGUGAAUCCGGAUAAUGUAGAUGAACCAUUACCUAUUGGUAGUGAAGGAGAAAUCAUCAUUGAGGGCCCACUCGUCGGAAAGGGCUAUAUCAAGGAACCCGGAAAAACAGCUGCUGCCUUUGUGCCGAUACCGGCCUGGUUGGAGGGCUUCCGAAACAACUGUGACGAUCCGCCAUUGCUUGUACCAUCGCACACUAGCGCUUGUGUGUAUAGGACUGGAGAUUUGGCACGCCUCAACGACGACGGAACACUGAUGUACGUAGGUCGCGCAGAUCUGCAGGUCAAGAUUCGCGGUCAGCGUACGGAGCUCGGCGAAAUUGAGCAACAGCUCCAAGCUACACUGCCCGCCGGUUCUGAUAUGGCAGUCGAGGUUGCAACUAUCAACAAUCAGAAUAGUCUUGUCGCCUUUGUGGCGUUGAGUCCCAUCUUAUCUGCUGGAGACGACCAGAACAACGGAUUAGCGACCUCGGUAAUCUCGCAAAACUUGCUAUCAGAAUUGGUUCCAGGGUUAAUCCGUCGGUUGAAAAGCCGUCUACCAGACUACAUGAUCCCUGCCAAUUUCGUCGCCAUGGAAUUCAUCCCGCGACUGCGCUCGGCAAAGACAAAUAGGACCUUGCUUCGCAGCAUGGCAAGCUCGAUUGUCGCGGAUAGCCCAUCCUCCCAAAGAGCCACGUACCGCCAGCCAUGCACCAACGUUGAGAUCGCUCUUUGCCUUGCUUGGGCUGCAUGUUUCUCGUUAGAGGCAGCUUCUCUGUCGGCCGACGAGAGUUUCUUCGCGCUUGGAGGUGACUCCAUCACGGCUAUCCGGUUGAUGGGCGAUUUGCGUCGCCGAGGUAUCGCAAUCACGAUCAAGGAUGUAUUCAGUCAUCCCAUUCUCAGUGAUUUGGCCACCGUGGCCCGGAUCACCGACAUCCAGAAAGCACCGACGCAACCUUUUCAACUCGUUCCCGUAGACAGCCUACCAUCUGUCAAAACCAUAGCUGCUAAGCAGUGUAACAUUGCCGAGUCGGAUAUUCAAAACAUAUUUCCAGCACCAAUGAACUCAUGCUGGUUCAUGAUGACGUCCGAAGCAGCUCCAAAUUGGUGGACUUCAUAUCUCAAAUUUCCUCUGCCCGCGGAUGUUGAUCUCGACAAGUACUGCAAGGCCUGGGCUACUGUCGUAUCAGAAAACGACAUCCUAAGAUCACGCAUCAUCAAAACCGAAACGGCAAUCUGGCAAGUAGUCCUCAAGGAAGAAAAAGAGCCAAUACGGACAGCGGAUAACUGGCUAGAGUUUUGUCGGUCUGAGCGCAAGACCACCAUGAACUGGGGAGAGAGCCUGAGUCGUUUCUGUGUGAUUCAGGACAGAGAUCACGGCGGCCGACAUUUCGUCUGGACUGCCAAGCAUGCUUUGUUCGACGCAUGGGCCUUGCAUCUUCUACAAAAGAAGAUCUCAGACGUCUACUGCUACGGAGAUCAAGGUCGGUUGAGCGAUCUCACCCCGAGCGAUAUUAUCCUUCACAAGCAGACGUCCAGUGUCGCCGAGGCGAAACAAUGGUUCCACGCUCACUUUGCAGGUGUGCGUCCCCAGCCAGUCUUCAGCACGCCUAAAGAUCAUCAAUUUGUCAACGAUGUCUAUCAUUAUCAGGAUCUAGACCAUGUUUCCCUGCCAGCUGUUUCUGGAUUUCGCCCGAGCUUCACCAUGUCAACUUAUGUUGGGCUUGCGUGGGCUUUGGUCAUCGCCCAACGGCUUGCUACAAAAGAUGUCAGCCUAGGGCUCGUCCGAUCGGGACGUAACAUACCGCUGGCAGGUACAGACACUUAUCUCGGGCCACUAGCGCAGUAUAUGCCUCUGAGAGUACGCUUUGGUCGCGACUCUCUGGUCCAAGAUCUUCUCCAGAAGUAUCAGGAUGAUUGGAUUGAGUCGAGCGUGCAUGACGCGUACUCAUUCCAUGAGCUGAUGGACGCAGACACUGAUCCCAUGAUCAUGGCAAAUGCGCAUACCACUGUCGGCCUCAACAUCGUACACCCAAUGCCAAGCACUACUAGAUCGGGUGCUGUUGCUGAAGGCACCCGGACGAGUCUUCCUGCACCGACGGAAAUCCCGGCUGGCUUCACACAGAAACCCAUCAAUCUAAAUGUCUACCUCAAAGAGGGACCUGGCUUGAGAGUGAAGAUCAGAAGGGAUGCUCGCGCAUGUACAGCGGAACUAGCGGAUGCAUUCAUGAAGAGCUUCGCUCGUGUCAUUGAGCAGUUGUUGGAUGCGAGAGAUGAAUUGAUGCUCAAGGAUGUCACUGUCCCGGAUACUACAGCAGUGCCGGCUUCCUAUCUGUGAAUAGUUGGUUCAUGCAAUUUGCAUCUCAUUGCGAGCGACCUUAUUUGAUGUUUUGCUUGGUAGUUGUUUGUAGUUUUAGCCCGUAUCGUCUGUAAAUUACCCAUAGGAAAUCGCCCAAUUGUCUGUGCUCAGAUGUACCAUAUGCUGCCACAUGCUGCUGUCUUGUACUGAGAACUUUUCUACAUAAGAUAAGAGGGGUAGUCGCCAUAAAACCCG